AUGGACAAAACCCGUGAUAAAGUGUUUCGCCGUAAAGUGACAUUUUCAGAUAGCGUAACGAAAAUACAUAAGGUUUAUGAAAACGGACGGAAGGAAUCGUCCCGUCCUAGGAGUAGAAGUGUUUUUACCAGUUCCCUUGCCAGUGAUGAUCUUCAAACUAGAGAUAUAAUCCGUUAUGAGGGGCAAAACCAGAGGCCCCCCUAUGUUCCCAAGCCGAUUACAGUGAAAAACUAUGCCGACGAUUUUACUGACCUAUACAGUGACGAUGGGUAUACAGGCGGUACAACCAUAUCCCAACACGGCGUGAUAACUAUGCGUCUCCGUGAGUACAUCAGGGUCGACAUAUCCCUAGAUCGAGCCAUUCGGAUUUCGAAUGCAAAGAAUGGCAUCAUAUUGGCAUUAAGUGCCAGUGGAAGCUCAUCUGGGUUGAUCCACCCCAACGGAAGGGUGUACCAAUACGGUUCCAGGGUGGAAAUCAUGGCGAACGAUGGCCAAGGCAACGACAAAUUUGCAAAAAUGUGGUACAAAGGCGUGAGUUUCACCAGCAUACAGUGUGCCUUGGUUUACUUAGUCGAUUCCGCCGGUACACGCACGACAACCGACUCUUUCAACGACCUCACCCACGAUUUUACCCUGAACAUUUUCUACGAAGAUUCGCCGUAUUCUUACCUGGACAACCCAUCACCUACACACACAACCCAUUUAGUAAACGAAGCCAUGGCCGUGCUACAAGCAACCAAUUGCUGGAUGACGGAAGACGGCACGACCAACUGGAUCAUCAACAACGUCAGAAUCUCUCAAACCGCUGACGGCUUGGUUCGAGUUGGAAGGAACAGCAAUAAAUUCUCUCUCCGAACAUCCCCGACCAACGGAUCCGCAUCGGUAUCGUCACCUUACAUGCACUGCACCGGUUCGAUGGGCCAAACCCGUCACCUGUUCGUGAGGCGAGGGGAACGCCGCAUGCACUACGACGGCUCGACAUUCAUCGUCCGCAACGCCGGCCAUUCGGCCGGGUUCGACGAGAAACACCAGCUGAAAGUUUACUAAUCGCUGUAUGCACGUAUCGUAAUUGGACGGGAUUAUUUGUUAAUUUUUGAGUCGGAUUUGGCGUACCAAGUCAUAGGUUUGCAUAUUUUUUUUUUAUUCAUUGAAGGGUUGGUGCAUCUUAAAGUGCCCCAUUUGCGUGUUAAAUUUUGUUUGUCUUUUGUUGUUCUCUUUUGCUUCCUAGCGGAUUAUCAAAAUUUGCGUGACUGUCGCGACGAUUUACAAGAAGUGUAUCUUUUCCAAAAGUGUGAGUCCCAUUUUAACAUCAAUCUUUUUAACUAAUUUUAAACUUUAAUGUGUGGUCGUGUAGUAAUCACCUUUUUAAUUUUACAUGUAGUGAAAUAACGGCUAUAAGUUAGAGAGUGUUGCCUCCAUCUGACUGUGAUAAUCAAAGAGUGAAAAGUGGAAAACGAACAAUUGUAUCAACAUGCGUAAAUAAAGUG